CCUAAAAAUAUAAACAAAGAAAUAAUAAUAAUAUGUAAUAGCAACCCAUCCAAUCAGAUAUUAUUUUGACACAUUGCAAUUCACUUGUCCAUGUUAUCAGCCAAAAGACCAUCUUUUCUUGGUGGGGUACCAUCAUUUUUCAUGAGAUCAUAAUGAAAAGAAAGAACUUAUUAGCAAUGUAUUCAGGGUGGUUCUUGAGUGGCUUUCCCCUGCAGAAGUCAUGUGAUUGGCCAAGAGAAAGGGGUUAGGCUGAAAAUGCUAAAUGGAUGAAUAAUAAUAAUCAGAUAAUAUGAUAAAACUAACUCAUCAUUAUCCUAAUCAUGUACAAUUUGGUCAGGAUGCAAAGCCAUCUGUCUAAUAAAGAUGUUUAAACCACUAUUAUCUACUUUGUGUGAUGCUUCUUCUCACAACUUUUACUUAUUCUCUCUUUUGCCAAGCAGAAUGAAGACCCAAAACAAAUCACUCAAGUGUAGAUAUGUAUUGCAAACAUCAGCCUAGUAAAGAAUCCCACAAAAGUAGUUCUAAAAGUGAUUCGUUUACUUGUGUUGGAUAAGAAGCACUCCUUGGUUGCAUUGGAAGGACAAUUCAAAUAGAUUGUUAGAUUGUGACUUUCAGUGAUAUUGAUGUUGCUGUUUUGUACGACUUUCAAUCAUGUAUUUUUCUCAAAGUUUUCCAAAAGAAGUUUUGUGUAAGGUCGGUAUAUUACUCCUAAAGGUGUGGCUAAGACCGCAGCAACAGAAAGACAUGAAAAUGAAGAUUAUCUUGAGUUUGGAUAUUGACCAGUCUUUCUACACGUCAAGUAUUUCUGUGGGGCUGAAGCAAAUAAUUGAAGUGAUCUUGAAUUCAAACUUUGACAAUCCUCGUGAGUUUAUACAUUUUUAUGAGGUUUCACAUAUACAGAAACUUUUUUUCACAACCAUGUGGGUCAAAGAAGUUAUGCACUUCUCACCCAAUCACACAAAACAUACUAUCUAAUUUAAAAUUUUUAGCAUCGAAAAAUUGAUGGAAUAUUCACUAUCUUAGCUUUAAAGAUAUCUAAAUCUAAAACUUACUUGAUCACUUUGAUCACUAGCCCUGCAAUGAUUCAGUGGAGGCAAAUAAUUGAAGACCUUGAAUAUGUGAUUUUCUAAAAGCAUCUCCAACGUAAAAAAGUGGUAUAAUAUGGGGAGGGUAUUAAGAAAUUAGGGAAGGGAAAGAUUGAUGGAAGUGGGGAAUCCUUUAGUUUGAUAGGGAAAUAGUAUACAUGACAUAAGCAUUGUCCACUGGACCACUAAUGGUCGGGAGGAGAAUGAAGAUAAGAAAUGCAAAAACAUAUAUACCAAAACUUACCCUUUCAUUCUCAUACCUUUCUCAGGAUUUGUUCAUCUGGGAAGACCAGGAAGGAUCAAUCUGCUGACCAUCCCCGCUGCUUCAGUUUCAGAGAUAGAUAAAGAAUCAGCAACCCCUGUCCAUUUUUUAGUUCAAUAUCAUCGCUACUCAGUUUGGAAUCUGGGUUUGCAAUGAUCUUUCAAGGAGAACAAAUAGAACCGUUGAUAGACAACAAAGGACAGGGUGACUCAAUUGAAGAAGAAGUAGCAAGAGACCAACCUGAUGGUGGUGUAGGAACCUUGGAGUGGCUGAGCUUGUCCCUGGGUAGCAACAAACAGCUUUUAACUGAAUCACAAAGAUCUGCUGCAGCUUCAGCCAAGACCUUUUCAUGCAACUUCUGUAAGAGGGUAUUCUACAGUUCCCAGGCAUUGGGAGGCCACCAAAAUGCCCACAAGAGGGAGAGAAGUGCAGCCAGAAGGCACCAGGCCCAGAGAAUGAUGACUUUGCUUGGUCUGCCAAUCCAUAAUUCUAUGAUUAGAUCACUUGGUGUUCAGCCACAUUCACUUGUGCACAAACCAGGCAGGGAAGAUACUGCAAUAGUAGCAAGAUUUAAUCACGUCAAGACUGGUUCAUGGACACCUUUCAUGCUGGGGGAUGCCAUGGAUUUGAUGUGGCCAGGAAGCUUCCGCUUCACUCAACAUCAAAUUCUCCCAGAGCCACCCCCAGAAACACCAUCUGAACCAUUCAUGCUCGACCUUAAUCUCCGACUUUAAUUCUUGUAUCUGUCUGUCAUAGUAAUCUCAAGUCGUCUUCUUCAUUCCUAUAA